UUUACGGUGAUAGAAAAAAAAGGAGGUAUUGAAGAUCGUGGCAGAUAGAGUAAGCCGAUCGUUGGAGAUGACCGAAAAAGACCGCAACGGAACGACAAGCACAUACGGUGCGACUGCUCCGCCCCUACCACCAACACCACCACCGCAACAACAAUACGAAUAUGGAACAUUUCAAGGUGUUGCUUCUUACAGUCAACCACCGUCUCAACCUGUUGUUGGUUUUCCGCAACCUACUCCACCUCCUGGUGCUUUCAUCCCUUCCUCUUACUAUCCUCAUGCUUAUCAGACUGUUCCUGGUUAUGUUGUAGCUGAAGGAAGACCUGUGAGGCAGCCAAGGUUUUCUUGCUGUGGAAUUGGGCUUGGUUGGUUAUUGUUUAUUUCCGGUUUCUUCUUUGCGGGCAUACCCUGGUAUGUUGGAGCCUUGAUUCUACUUUGUGGUAGCGUGGAUUACCGAGAAAAACCGGGACUUGUUGCUUGUAUGGUAGCUUUCCAUCAAUACCAAGUUGUUGGGAGGGCUCUUCCUUCUGAGAGAGAUGAGCAUCCAAGGAUCUAUCGUAUGAAGCUGUGGGCAACGAAUGAAGUUCGUGCAAAAUCCAAAUUCUGGUAUUUCUUAAGGAAGCUGAAAAAGGUUAAGAAAAGCAAUGGUCAGGUCCUGGCCAUUAAUGAAAUAUAUGAGAAGAACCCAACUGUGAUCAAGAACUACGGUAUCUGGCUUCGUUACCAAAGCAGAACCGGUUACCACAACAUGUAUAAGGAGUACCGAGACACAACCUUGAAUGGUGCUGUUGAGCACAUGUACAAUGAAAUGGCGUCUCGCCACAGGGUUAGGGCCCCAUGCAUCCAAAUCAUCAAGACAGCUACAGUUUCUGAUGAGCUUUGCAAGAGGGAAAGCACAAAACAAUUCCACAGCCAGGACAUUAAGUUCCCGAUGGUGUUCAGGAAGAUUAGACCUCCAACCAGGAAGCUCAAAACAACGUACAAGGCAUCGAAGCCUAACUUGUUCAUGUAAGGGCACAUCUCUUCUUCAGGAUUCUAGUCAGAGACUUCAAAAUUUUUGUCUUGAGACCAUAUUUGAAUUGUUAAGCUUGCCCGUGGAUUUAUGAUAGUUUAUUGCGAAGAAGAUACGAGACUGUUCAACAUUUGUUGUUUUGUCCACCUUAUACGAUCAUUUACUGGUUUUUUAUCGUUA